UCUACUUCAGCCAGUAGGGGCCACUGUGGCAAGGUUGACUUCCGGUUUUUCUCUAUGUCGGGGAAGAAGCCAACUUCCGGAUUCAGAUUAAGUUCCACCCAGUUAGAGGUAGGCUAGCCAGCAAAUACCCUCAACUGGGCACAUUGGAAGGUUACCAAGCUGUCUGGGAGAUAGUAAAUAAGUCCUGAACACUCUUGAACACAAAUCUGCUGUUCACGAUCUCGAACAGGAAACGUGUCAUAUAAAAGGGAGCAGCUUGAAUCUUUUGGGAAAAUGGUAUGUGCAGUCCCAGAGAGGAAGCAAAGAGCCAUAUAAUACAGAGGAAGAACCUUAUUGCUUUAGCAGUUUCCAGCACCAGAUCAUCUAUGUCCAACUGGAGUAUAUCCAGUAGCGCAAACCAGAAAAAGCGAAUCAAUGCAUCACGGCAGGGAAACCUGAUUGCUUUAGGUCAUGCGGCAGCUUUGAAUGAACAUAACAUUGAUGUGUUUCAUCCCCAUGGACAUGAAUAUGUUGAGAGUACAAGCCAGGAGACAAUCAGCCCUCAACUACAAAGGAGCACCAUGUCUCCUUCAGAACAAUUGCCAGACCUUUCAAGCUUGGAAACAAGUGAUAACAGAAGCCAAGAAUCUGUCUCCAGGCGCUUAUCAGUAGUAUCAGAAUUCCCAUUGCAACGAAAGCAACUAUUCAAUCUCUUCGAUCUCAUCCCAGGAUUGGAAGCUUGUGAAAUUCAUCAGGGACUUUACAGUAAACGCACAUAUGCAAUGAUUCAAUACAGUAAUGUUGCAUCAGCGAUCUUUGCCAAAAACAGACUCAACGGUUAUGAAUAUCCUUUUGGGAAUCAUCUGCUUGUUACUUUUAUUGAAGAUGAAACUGAUGAAACUAAUCUCUUCGAAGAAAUGGCAACAGAACUGGUGAAUUCAGAGAUGUUAUCAGUAAUAUGGAAAGACAAUUCAGUUCUUCAGCUUCUGGGCUUCUCUGAGCCCCCGAUUCCACCCCGUAUCCAAACAGACGCUGAACUUCCUUCAAGCAAAAGGAGAGCUCCUCCUGACUCUCCUGUGCGGGAAAGUCUUCUCAUCAUAUUUGACCCUCACCCCUUACCUCCAGAUGUCUUGGACAAUGUAUUAAGUCGAUUUGGAAAUUUUAUAAAAGUUUACCUUAUUCCUGGGAAAAACAUGGGUCAUGCCAUGUUUGCUGACAGAGCCAGUGCUAGUGAUGCCAUAGCAGUGUUACAUGGGAAGACUGUGAAUGAUGUGAAGCUGAAGGUGACACUAUCUUAUUUGCCUAUGGAGAAGACCACAAAACCCUAAAGGAUGUUGUGACCAAACAGAACAAAUUCAUCGGGAGCCACAGCAAAUGGUCUGAAAAUGUGCUUGGAAUUGUAUUGUGGUGGAUUUGCAGAGCUCUGUGGCAAGCUUUUUAAAAAAAUCAAUGUAGAGUUUUGAAUUUUUGUAUAAAACAAAAAUAUUUUAUAUAAUUAAAAAAAUGAAUAUAA